CAUACUUUCUCUCCUUUCUGCUCCUUCUCCUCUGGGCAGCCUGGUGGCGUGGGGCCCCCUCCCAUCACCCUCAAGGCCCUGAACGGCACCUCCCGAAAACACCCCACGGGUGGACAGAAAGCCAAGCCUGAGGCCAGCACGGACCCACGGAGCAUGAGAGUCCCAGACACCAGCCACCAUCACUGCUGCAGCUCCAGGCUGAGCCUGGCCCAGGACAGGAGUGGGGACAGCGGCAGCCUGCAGGCAUAGAAGGCAGCUUCCAGCAGUGGCUCUGGGCCCCGCCCACCAGCCCCAUGCCAGGCGGGGGCCCCGAGAUGGAGGACAGCGUGGAGACGCUGAAGGACGAGGAGGACGCCCUGUGGGAAAGCGUGGAGAGCAACCGGCACAUGCUGAGCCGCUACAUCAACCCUGCCAAGCUCACGCCCUACCUGCGCCAGUGCCGGGUCAUCGACGAGCAGGACGAGGAGGAGGUGCUCACCACCCCCAUGCUGCCCUCCAAGAUUAAUCGUGCAGGCCGCCUGCUGGACAUCUUGCACACCAAGGGGCAGCGUGGCUACGUGGUCUUCCUGGAGAGCCUGGAGUUCUACUACCCCGAGCUGUACAAGCUGGUGACGGGCAAGGAGCCCACCCGCCGCUUCUCCACCAUCGUGGUGGAGGAGGGCCACGAGGGCCUGACACACUUCCUGAUGAACGAGGUGGUGAAGCUGCAGCAGCAGAUGAAGGCCAAGGACCUGCAGCGCUGUGAGCUGCUGGCCAAGGCGCGGCAGCUGGAGGACGAGAAGAAGCAGCUGACGCUGGCCCGCGUGGAGCUGCUCACCUUCCAGGAGCGCUACUACCGGAUGAAGGAGGAGCGGGCCGGCCACAGCGAGGAGCUGGCCAAGGUCAAGGACGACAACUACACGCUGGCUCUGCGCUAUGCACAGCUCAGCGAGGAGAAGAACAUGGCCGUCAUGCGCAGCCGGGACCUGCAGCUUGAGAUCGACCAGCUGAAGCACCGCCUAAACAAGAUGGAGGAGGAGUGCAAGCUGGAGAGGAACCAGUCCCUGAAACUCAAGAACGACAUCGAGAGCCGACCCAAGAGGGAGCAGGUGCUGGAGCUGGAACGGGAGAAUGAGAUACUUAAGACCAAGAUCCAGGAGCUGCAGUCUGUCAUCCAGGCCGGGAAGCGCAGCCUACCCGACCCCGACAAGGCCAUCCUGGACAUCCUGGAGCAUGACCGCAAGGAGGCCCUGGAGGACCGGCAGGAGCUGGUGGACAAGAUCUUCCACCUGCAGGAGGAAGUGCGGCAGGCCGAGGAGCUGCGUGACAAGUACCUGGAGGAGAAGGAGGACUUGGAGCUCAAGUGCUCAACGUUGGGGAAGGACUGUGAGAUGUACAAGCACCGCAUGACCACGGUCAUGCUGCAGCUGGAGGAGGUGGAGCGUGAGCGUGACCAGGCCUUCCACUCGCGUGACGAGGCGCAGACGCAGUACUCCCAGUGCCUCAUCGAGAAGGACAAGUACCGCAAGCAGAUCCGCGAGCUGGAGGAGAAGAACGACGAGAUGCGCAUCGAGAUGGUGCGGAGGGAGGCCUGCAUCGCCACGCUGGAGAGCAAGCUGCGCCGGCGCUGCAGGGACAGCGGCCUGGACCAGAGCCUGCCCCGCAACCUGCCGAUCACCAUCAUCUCGCAGACCUUCGGGGACUCCAGCCCCCGCGCCAAUGGGCAGGAGGCCGACGACUCCUCCACGUCCGAAGACUCACCCGAGGACAGCCGCUACUUCCUGGCCUACCAGCCGCACAAGCGCAGGAUGAACCUCAAGGGCAUCCAGCUGAAGAGGGCCAGAUCCCCCAUCAGCCUGAAGCAGACAGAUGACUUGCCCGCCAAGGGACAAGAGGAGGAUGGCACAGAUGGCAGCCCCAGCUCCUCCAGGUCCCUGCCCAUCACCAACUCUUUCUCCAAGAUGCUGCCCCCCCGGAGCCGUUCCAGCAUCAUGUCCAUCACAGCCGAGCCCCCCGGGAAUGACUCCAUCGUCCGGCGCUGCAAGGAAGAUGCCCCCCUCCGCAGCACCCUGGAAGAAGAUAAUGAUAGCAGCGGGUUUGAUGCCUUGGACCUGGAUGACGACAGCCACGAACACUGCUCCUUCGGGCCGCCAUCCGUGCACUCGUCCUCGUCCUCCCACCAGUCCGAGGGCCUGGAUGCCUACGACCUGGAGCAGGUCAACCUCAUGUUCCGCAAGUUCUCACUGGAGAGGCCCUUCCGGCCGUCGGUGACAUCGCUGGGACAGGCUCGGGGUGCAGGGCCAGUGCAGCAGGUCACGUUGAGUGGGGAUGGCCUCCUCUCCCAGCUCUCCCUGGUGGGCGGCAACGCUCGUGGCACCUUCCUGCAUACUGUCAGGCCCGGCUCCAACGCUGAGAGGGCUGGACUGCGUGAGGGCCUGCAGCUGCUGCUGCUAGAGGGCUGCGUGCAGGGGGAGCGGCAGAGCGUCCCCCUGGACUCGUGCACCAAGGAGGAGGUGCACUGGACCAUCCAGAGGUGCAGCGGCCCUGUCACACUGCACUACAAGGCCAACCCAGAGGGCUACCGGAAGCUGCUGAAGGACAUAGAGAGCGGUCUGAUCACCUCGGGGGACUCCUUCUACAUCCGGCUGAACCUGAACAUCGCGGGCCAGCAGGACGCCUGCUCGCUGUCGCUGCGGUGCGACGACGUGGUGCACGUGCGCGACACCAUGUACCAGGAGCGGCAUGAGUGGCUGUGCGCCCGCGUUGACCCCUUCACUGACCAUGACCUGGACUUGGGCACCAUCCCCAGCUACAGCCGGGCCCAGCAGCUGCUCCUGGUCAAGCUGCAGCGUCUGAUGCACCGGGGCAGCCGGGAGGAGGCCGACAGUGCCCACCAUACCCUGCGGACGCUCCGGAACACACUGCAGCCCGAGGAGCCACCGGUGUCCACCAGCGACCCCCGGGUCAGCCCCCGCCUCUCAAGGGCUAGCUUCCUGUUCGGCCAGCUCCUCCAGUUUGUCAGCAGAGCCGAGAACAAGUACAAACGCAUGAACAGCAGUGAGCGGGUGCGCAUGGUGACCACGAGCCCGCGGGGUAGCCUGGCCCAGCAGGAAGAGCCAGAGCCAGAGGGCGAGCCGGGCAGGAACCUGAGCCUGGUGCCCUACAGCCUGGUGCGUGCCGUGCACUGCACCCGCCGCCGGCCCGUGCUCUUCACACCCAGCCUGCUGGCCAAGGCGCUCGUGCAGAAGGUGCUCAACUCAGGUGGCGCCAUGGAGUUCACCAUGUGCAAGCCAGACGUGGUCACCCGCGAGGAAUUCCUGCGGAGGCAGAAGACGGAGACCAUCAUCUGCUCACGGGAGAAGAACCCCAACACCUUCGAGUGCGUGGCGCCUGCCAACAUCGAGGCCGUGGCCGCCAAGAACAAGCACUGCCUGCUGGAGGCUGGCAUUGGCUGCACGAGCCACCUGAUCCAGGCGGGAAUCUACCCCAUUGUACUUUUCAUCCGCGUGUCUGAGAAGAACAUCAAGAGGUUCAGGAAGCUGCUGGCGCGUCCAGAGCCAGAAGAAGAGCUCUUACGGCUGUGCCGGCAGCGAGAGCGGGAGCUGGAGAAGCUACCCUGCCUGUACGCCACGGUGGAGGCAGACGCCUGGGGCAGCCUGGAGGAGCUGCCGCGCCUGCUGAAGGAACGCAUCCUGGAGGAGCAGCGCCGCACCGUGUGGGUGGACGAGGGCCAGCUGUGAGCCGGCGCCACCGGGCCGGGAUGGCACAGCCAGAGGAGGAGGCCGGGACGCUAUCAAACGGCAGAGGCCGGUUCCCCUCGCACCCGCGGCCUUAUCUUUACUGUCCAACCACCGGCGGCUUCUGGGCACCGCUGCCCUCAGCUCCCUGCCCUGGUGCCCACCUGAUUUGCUGGGAGUCAUUGCUGACAGUACCCGUUAGAUGGAUGGAGGGGCCUCUGGUCAGGAUGAGAUGGGAGGCUGCCUGUUUGCAGGUGGCUGGAAGGUCCCGUUCUUUUCCUGCCCAGAAUACACAUGUGAUAGCUGGAGCUCUGGCAGCCAUCUCAACCAUCAAGGUGACCUUGGGGAUGGAAGCUUUGCACCGAGGGCCAAAGAGCAGGAAGACAGAAGGAACCAGGGCAACUGGUGGCCCUGCGGAGCACAGGCCUGUCUGGCUCCCUUUCACAUGGGCUGGAGCUCUGUUGUGGCCAGCUAGGCCUCAGCCUGAGUCCCCCAGACACCCUGGCUGUCCCCACAGGAGUGUGGAGAGGGGCAGUCCCUCUGCAGUGGGGCUCACCCUUCUCAGGUGACGGUCAAGGACUCUGGGCUCUUGUCCUGCCCAGGGGUUGCUUGGAGGAUGUGUGCACAAGGAGGGCACCACCCCCAGGGCUUCCAUCCACAUCAUGCUGCUGGCGACUGGCUAAGCUGCAUGUCUGCAGAGCCAGGUGUCCUGCUCCGGGCACAGCUUGGGGUGGGGGCUACCGCACUAGCCCAGAUACACCCGUGGGCACCUCCUGUGCCAGCUGCUGUGGACCGGGGUCCUGGAUAGCCACACCUCCACAAGCUUUCUUCCCCCCACAAAGGCCUCCAGGGUUUGCAGCAGAAAAGGGGGGCUGGGGGCCGGGUGGAUGACUGGGUGGCAGUGCACCUUCCUUUCCAGCACGAGGACCCAGGUUCAAGCCCCCACUCCCCACAUGCAAGGGAGAGGCUUCAGGAGCUGUGAAGCAGGGCUUCAGGUGUCUGUCUAUCUCUCCCUCCCCUCUCAGUUUCUGUCUAUUCAAUAAUAAAUAUUUUUUAGUUAUUAUUGUUGUUGUUGGAUAGGACAGCGAGAAAUGGAAUGAGGAGGGGAGAGAAAGAUAGACACCUGCAGACCUGCUUCAUCGCUUGUGGGGAUCCCUACAGGUGGGGAGCCAGGAGCUCAAACCGGGAUCCUUACUCCGGUCCUUGUGCUUUGCGCCACGUGCACUUUACCCACUGCGCUACUGCCUGACCCCCCCCCAUAAUAUUUUUUAAAGAAAGGUAUUAUUAAAAAAUAAUAAAAACACAGAAAAGGGCAGAGAGUUCUCUGGGGGGGGAGAGGUGCAGGUGCAGAGACCGACCCAACCCAGGUGAGAGUAGCAGGGCACAGGGCCUGAGCCGGCGGUCACGCCAGGUGGCAUCUCCCAGCCUGUCCAGGUGGGUUUGUUCUGCUACCAGGACAGUUGCUGGGCUCAGUGCCCUCAUGACCGCUAGGCUCAGAGCAGACAGACAGACACUAAGGGAGGGGAGGGCAGGUGGGACCCCGGGCGGGCGCUCUGUUCUGUAGCCGCAGUUGCUCUAGGAGUCUGUAAGGGGAAGGGGGAUGCAGCCUAAGGGGUGGGGGAUGGAGCACCCAUCCCCUGCUCACAGCUGCACUUAGGCUGGGUCAGCGGGAACCGGCUUUUCUGGGGCUUUUUCUCUCUCUCUUGCUCUUGUGCUGGCCAUGCAGGCACGUGUGUGUGUGUGUGUGUGUGUGUGUGUGUGUGUGUGUGUGUGUGUGUGCUUGCACAUGUGUGUGUGUGCGCGCGCGGCUGUGUGCACACACGUGUAUUUGUGUGUCUGCGUGUAGUUUCUGCAGCUGGGUCUCUGGCGCCCUCUAGAGGAGGAAGGGCUCCCUGCAGCAGACCGUGUGCACACACUAGCAGGUCUGGGCAUAUGUGGGGAGCGUGUGUGCACAGGGGUCUGCACAGGAGGCCACCACAGACCACUGGGUGUCCCUAUAGCCAGCCCCAUGCUGCCAUUUGCAGGGUGCAGGGGGCCCUGUGGACAUCUGAGGGGCUGGCUUUCAGCUCUCCCCCCUCCCUCCCUCCCUCCAGGCCUCCUCCACCUAGGCCCAGGCACCCCCUGGAGCCCCCACUAGUCUCCCAGGAGAUCCUCUGGACCCCCGAAGACCCCCUUUGGACCCUAAGAAGCCCCCUACCUCCCCAGA